AUGGCUCCCUCGGACGAUAUUAUGACAGAUGUACCAGGCACCGUGUACCUGGUAGAUACCCCCAGAAACCUCAGCGAUGCAGCCCGUUCUGGACACGAUAUCCUCCUAGUUCCUCAGCCUACGCCCUCGCAAGCUGAUCCACUGAACUGGCCCAAACACAAAAAAUACUGGUCCCUUUUCCUAAUUUCCGCAUACGCCUGCAUAAUGUCUUUUGGCGAGAACAACUGGGGCGCAGCCUGGACAACCAUCUCCGAAGAAACCGGCGUCACACUGAAUAACAUGAACGGCGGCUCGGCACUGAACUACCUCCUCCUGGGCUUCGUGAACAUCAUCUGGAUCCCGUCGGCCAUGAAGUUCGGACGGAAGAUUGUUUAUAUCUUGAGUUUGGUGUUCAUUCUGGCUGGGGGAGUUUGGGGUGGGUUUUUUGAGGGCACGGCGCAGUAUUAUCUUAUGAUGGUUGUUACGGGGAUUGGGACGGCGGCAUAUCAGGCGCUGAUUCAGUUGACGAUAUUUGAUAUGUUCUUCUCGCAUGAGCGUGGUCGGAUGUUGGCAGUCUAUAUCUUCUUUCAGCAGUUAGGGUCUAUUCUGGGGUUGAUUCUGGGGGGAUAUAUUGCGGAUGGGAUUGGGUGGAGAUGGAGUCAGCCGAUUGUUGCGAUUGCUGCUGCCAUCUUGAUCCUCCUAUUCACCUUCGCCUUCGAUGACACCAUAUUCCCACGCUAUCGAUUCAGGAACCAAACAUCCACAGAACCACCCAAACUCGACGAAACAGCCCAGCCUUCACCAACCAAUGAUGAAAAAGACCACAAGUCAGACCCUAACCUGGCUAUAACUAUCAGCCAUAGCGCCGGCGAAAUCUCCAUGCCACCCCGAACAUACACCCAGAAACUCGCACCCGUGCACUACUACAAAGACGACAAGACAACCUGGUUCCAGUACUUCCGGCGCCCAUUCUACCUCUUCCUAUUCCCGAAUAUCGUCCUCGCGGGUAUCCAGUUCGCAUUCGGCUGCACGGCUGGCAUUGUCUCCUUCAACACCAUCUCGGAAAUUAUGACAGAACCACCCUAUAACUGGAGCGCCGGCUCAGCAGGACUAUUAUUCCUCGCUGCCCUUGUUGGGAAUUUCAUCGGAAUGGCCAUAGGCACCCUCUCCGAUACCCUAGUCCUAACUCUAACCCGCCGCAACAACGGCUACAAAGAGCCCGAAAUGCGCCUCUACACAUACAUAUUCUCUCUUCUCCUCGCGGCCGUCGGAUACUUUACGUACGGCUGGGCUGCGACGGCGGGGAGCCAUUGGAUGGCUGUUGCUGUGGGGUUGUGCUGUAUGAUUGCCCAGCAGGUUUCGGCGACUAGUAUUGCGACGGCGUAUGCGAUGGAGUGUUUUGAUCAGAUAUCUGGUGAAUUGGUGAUUGUGCUUGCGGUCUGCUCGUCUGUUAUCAACUUUGCGAUAUCGUUCUCUGUGCAGAAUUUCAUCGAUGCGACGAGUUAUGGGUGGACGUUUACGUUUUAUGGGAUUUGGGUGGUUUUAUCGAUGGUUAUGGGGGCGCCGAUGAUUGUUUGGGGGAAGAGUUGGAGGAGGAGGUGUAAGGGGAGGUAUGAGACGUUUUUGGCGGAGACGAUGUAGUUUUUCUUUUGCUAUGCUAUGUUUUGUUAUGUUUGAUGUUUUGGUUGGGUAUAUGUCUGUGGUCAUAUUGGUAUGAGACGAGACCCUACUGGACUGGAUGUUGAAGAAUGAGAAUGAAAUUACGCCUGCUAUGC